UCACUGUAAGGGCAGAAGUGAUCAAAGAUAACAAGACACUUUUGAGCAGGGAAAUGGUCUUUGAGAAAGAUUCCUUUGGGACUCUUGCUCUUCCAGCACUGCCUUUGAACAGUGCKUCUGGGAAUUAUGAAUUACUGGUGGAAGGCCAUGCUGAGGGCCAGCAGGUCUUCUCUAACCGUACCAGCUUGACAUAUAUCUCAAAGAGGAGCUCUGUGUUCAUCCAGACUGACAAAUCUACGUAUAAACCAGGACAAGAUGUGAUGUUUCGGAUUGUCACAGUCUAUCCUGAUCUCAAACCUUACAAAGCAUCUCUGAAUAUAUUUAUCCGAGACCCUCGGAAGAAUUUGAUUCAGCAGUGGUUGCUGGAGGAGGGUGAUUUGGGAGUAGUUUCAAAAAAAUUUCAGUUGUCGAUGAACCCUCCACUAGGAGAUUGGUCCAUAGAAGUGGAAGUGGACGGUCAAGAUCACUAUCAAAGAUUUAAAGUGAUGGAGUAUGUUUUGCCAAGAUUUGAUGUCACGAUAAAAACAUCAUUAUACUACUCUUUAAGAGAUGAAGACAUAACUGGUGUUGUCACUGCAAAGUAUACUUAUGGAAAACCAGUGAAGGGAACUGUAACCAUCACUUGCCUUCCUGUCUCUUACUGGACAAACAAGAAAAACGUAACAAACACAAUGGAGAUUAAUGGAUCUGCGAAUGUUACAUGUAACAAAAUUUUGUUGCAAGACUUGAAUGCUGAUCAGUCAUGGCACCAUCAUGACUCUGAUUACAGAGAGCCGAUAGAAAUUAUAGCUGUGGUUACCGAGUCUCUUACAGGAAUCUCCCAGAAUUCAACUAUCAUCAUAUUUCCAAAGCAAAGUGACUAUUUUAUUGAAUUUGUGGACUACUCUAGAGUAAUAAAGCCUUCUCUGAACUUCAUAGCUACUCUAAAGGUGACACGUUCUGAUGGCAGCCAGCUGACAACUGAAGAACGACAGAAUCUUGUCACAAUCACUGCACARCAGACAGACCUGUUUUUUGAGCAUUCUUCACUUUCUUACCUUGAUAAYGAGGCAACAGAAGAGAGCAAUAAGACGGUCCAUGUCCUGAAUUACACUGUUCCAGAAAAUGGAAUUAUUGAUAUUGAGUUUCCAAUUCUGGAUAAUACAAAAAAUCUGAGAGUUCAGGCAGAGUUCCUCAACAGUAAGACUGACAUAGGUGUUUAUGAUGUGUUCAGCUCAUCCAGCCAGACUUAUCUCCAGGUUAAAACAAAGAGCCAGGAUGUAAAGGCUGGGAAACCUUUUGAGCUGACUAUUGCAAGCAACAAGCCAGUAAAAGAGUUUCAUUACCUGGUAGUAUCUAAGGAACAGAUUAUGGCAUUUGGCACAAAAGUUUCCACAACAUUCACUUUAACAGCAGAAAAUUCCUGGGCUCCCCUGGCACACGUACUUGUAUUCUAUGUUGAUGAGCUUGGAGUAGUUGUAAAUGAUGCUGUCACUGUCUCCAUUCAGCCUGCCUUGGACAAGAUUAAAAUCUCUUGGAGCAAAGAUAAGGUCAAGCCAUCUGAGAAAGUCUCCCUUAAAAUCAGUACAAUGGAACCAAGAUCAAUAAUUGGACUUGCAGUUGUUGAUAAAAGUACAAAACUUCUAGGAGAAAGUAGUGACAUAACAGAAGAUUCUGUAAUACAUGAUCUCCAUUUAUACAACACAGCWCAGUACUUUCCCCUGGUUAGAAGUUCUUUUGAUGUCUUUCAGAAAUGCAGCCUUUGGGUAUCAACUGAUGCAAUUCUUGAGGAGGAUAAAGAAAAUGGCGGAAUGAUACCCAUAGAGGAUGAUUUUGCUGAUGAUUUGUUGGAAACCAGAGAUGGAUCUCAUGAUUUCAGCACUCCUUAUGUCAGGACACGUUUUCCAGAGACUUGGCUUUGGAUUGACACCAAUACUAGAUCUGACACAGGUACCACGCUGGAAGUUACUGUACCCGAUACCAUCACAUCCUGGAUAGCCAGUGCUUUUGUGAUUUCUGAAAACAGUGGGCUUGGGUUGACAACUGCUCCAGCUGAGCUGGAAGCUUUCCAACCUUUCUUCAUUUUCCUGAACAUCCCAUAUGCUGUCACCAGAGGAGAACAGUUCGUUUUGGAAGUGAACAUCUUUAACUAUUUGAAAGAAGAGGCUGAAGUUAYCGUGUAUUUGGAUGUGGAUGAUGCCUUUGAAAUUACUCUGACAUCCAAUGAAAUAAAUUCUACAGCAAAUCAGCAGUCUAUAUUUGUACCAAGUGAAGACGGGAAAACCGUUCAAUUCCCUAUCAAGCCAACAAAGCUGGGAGAGAUUCCUAUCAAAGUGACGGCAAUAUCAUCUGCUGCUUCUGAUGCUAUCAUUCAGAAAGUUUUAGUAAAGGCUGAAGGAUUGGAACAGAUUUAUUCUCAGACAGUUCUUUUGGAUUUGACUGGGAAUAAUCUGCAAACAUUGUCAAAAACGUUGGAUUUCAGUUUUCCUUCUGAUGUAGUAAGUGGCAGUGAGAGAGUGCAGGUCACUGUUAUUGGUGAUAUACUUGGGCCUUCUAUCAAUGGUUUGGAAUCAUUGAUUAAGAUGCCUUAUGGCUGCGGUGAACAGAAUAUGAUCAAUUUUGCUCCGAAUGUUUAUGUUCUGCAAUACCUGACUAAAACCAGGCAGCUCAGAGAAGAUAUUAAAUCGAAAGCCAUAUCAUUUAUGAGAAAAGGCUACCAAAGAGAGCUUCUUUUCCAGAGGGAUGAUGGCUCCUUUAGUGCCUUUGGAAAUGAAGAUUCCUCUGGGAGCACAUGGUUAACAGCUUUUGUAUUAAGAUGUUUCCUUCAAGCUCGUCCAUUCAUAGAUAUUGAUGCAAAUGUACUUGUGGAUACAGCUAAGUGGCUUGUCCAGCAUCAGAAAUUAAAUGGAGAAUUUCAGGAGCCUGGCAAAGUGAUACAGAGUGACCUUCAAGGAGGCAACAAUAAUCUAGUCACUCUAACAGCUUACAUCAUGUCAUCCCUGCUGGAGUUUCCAGAUAAACAGCAUAUUGAUGCAAUCAGACGUGCCACAAACUUUCUAGAAGAAGAAUUAGAAGAAGGCAUUUUGGAUAAUUAUACUUUGGCACUUGUGACAUAUGCAUUGUCAAGGGCAAAAAGUACAAAAGCAAAGGAAGCCCUGAAUAUAUUAAACCAGAGAGCAGAACAAGAAGGUGAAUUUCGUUUCUGGGUAACACCUGCUUCUGAAAUUUCUGAUUCAUGGCAGCCACGCUCCAUUGAUAUUGAACUUGCAGCAUAUGCUUUGCUCUCACACUUUCAUCAAAACAGAUUAGCAGAGGGGAUCCCAGUUAUGAAAUGGUUAAGUCAACAAAGAAAUCACCUUGGAGGAUUUUCAUCUACUCAGGACACUGUAGUGGCUCUGCAAGCCUUGAGUCUAUUUGCAUCUAUUACUGCCACCAGCAAGACUGAGAUUGAUGUUACUGUAACAGCACCUACGUUGAAAAUUCCAGAAACAUUUUCAAUUGAUACUCGAAACCGUUUUCUACUUCAGACCAAGGAGCUUGUGCCUGUGCAACCUAUGACUGUUACAGUUUCAGCUGAGGGGAUUGGAUUUGCUAUCUUUCAGCUCAAUGUUAUUUACAACACAAAACACACUGAUCAGAGGCUCAAAUCUGUUCAAAACCAAGAAGCCUUUGACUUGAAUGUUGAUGUAAAAGAUAACAAGGAUGAUAUCAACCAUUUGACUGUGAAUGUGUGCACAAGGUACCUGGCUUCUGGUGCAGCUUCUAGUAGUGGUAUGGCUCUUAUGGAGGUCGGCUUACUCAAUGGUUUCUCUGUGUCACCAGAUUUCAUUCCAUUAGACAAAAAAAUUAAGAAGAUGGAAAAGGACAAUGGAAAAGUCAACCUAUACUUGGACUCCCUAAAUGAAACACACGUUUGUGUGGAUAUUCCAGCUGUGAGAGACUUCAAAGUGGCGAAUACCCAGGGCGCCUCAGUGACUAUAGUGGAUUACUAUGAACCUAGGAGAAGAGCRGUGAGAAGCUACAAUUCAGAAGUAAUGCGAAGUGUGACCACUUGUGACUUCUGUAAAAAUGACUGCAGUCUUUGCAGCGGGGAUAGGCCUUCAGCCUUGCUUCAGCACUCUUCAUUAUCUUCCUUGUUCCUCAUGUUAUUUGUUGUUCAAGUAAGCUUGCUGCUUGGUUGGGUGCUGUAGAAGGAAACUGCUUAUGUUUCACAUUUAAGGUUUCCGUAAAUUAAUCCAAAGAAAAUUUUAUGUUUGAAUACUAGCUCGUCUUCAGUGAUUACAGAGACCAGACUCCUGCUGUGCUCAGGAGGAGCAGGA